AUGAAACGUUUUUCUUGCUGUUUUAAUCUUCGUACACUCGGUUUUAGCAUAGCUGCUCUAGAUAUUUUAGUUUCUUUAACUGCUUUGAUUUUAUGCAGUUACUAUUUGUAUAGAGAUUAUUUUAAUUUAACAAAUUGGGCCGUUGCUUCGUAUGAGAAUGUGAAAAUUAUUGAUCCUUUAAGCAAUAUGUUGUCAUCGGUUGUUGAUUAUGUGUUGCUGCAUAAUUUUCCAGAUGCGUUUUAUGUUGUUAUGUCUAUCAUUUUGUGGAUUAAAUCUUUGAUUAAUUUUAUACUAGCUUCUCUACUGAUCGAUGGUAUUAGAAAGAAGCGUACCAUUUGCAUAGCACCCUGGCUAAUAAACACUAUCAUAUCGGUAUUGGUAGAAUUGACCACUUAUAUAUUUAUGGAAAUGAAAUAUAAUGAAAUCGAUGCGGCCACCGACAAACGUAUAGUACGCAGCAUAAUGUUUGGCAUAUUUAUUAUGUUCAAUGUAAUGUUUACUUUUGCCAUUUACUGGUUGUGUAAAUUUUUGAAAUUACAACGACAAGAAAAUCAAGUCUUACAGGAUAGUAUUGUGGAGGCCUCGGGAAUGUUUCAGCAUGUUAAGGUUUAAGACAACAACAAAAACAAAUGAUUGGUUUAAAAUGCAUUCAAAGAAAUUU